UGUUUUAAGAAUAAAGUAGUUUUAUAGUAAAUCAGAGUGAUUGGCUUCUAUUAAAUUUAAAGAAAACAGAUAAAUUUGUAAUAACAACACGCACUCUAGCAAGACGGUGUUUUAAUAGAGAGUACUUAAACUAUUUUCCUGAAAGUUGUAUUAGUUUGCUCUGCUCAUUACUCAUUUGAGCACUCCGGCAGCUGCAAACUUUGUGCAAACGAAUUACGCAAAUAAUUUUGGACCAAGUUUUCGAGUUUUACAUUAGUUAAACAUAAAACUAUGUGUACUGCAUUAAAUAGAAAGCCAUUAAAUAGCAAAAUUCUAUUUUGAACAAUUUAAAGUAUGACUUAAUCAUUACUGUGAAAUGGCAAGCAUAGUUCUUAUAGCUUGCCUGGCUAUAUUGGGCUUAAUUAUUGCAAUAGCUCUUUUUCUGGCUGGAGGAUACUUGUGGUGGAGGCAUAAAAGGUCCCAGUUACAGUUUAUUGAACCAAAUGAAGACGAGGAAUCUAGUAGUUAUAGUCUUCGGGCUGCUCAUGAUAUUGUGGACUCCGGUAAUCCACCUACAAAACCGCAAGUGCCGGUGACACAAGCUAUCACAACUCCUCUGCAAAACAAUAUUAACCGAAAACUAAAUGGAUUUUUAAGUCUUAGGACUCCUUUGAUUGGUGUUUCGGGAGCAUCUCAAACAAAACCACAAAGCGUUUCUUCGGUUGCAAAUUCUGGAGAUGGGACUACAAAAGAUUCUGCAAAUAAAAGUAUCUCAAUGACAGACAUGUAUUUGGAUAGUACCGAUCCAAGUGAAAAUGUUGGGCAAAUUCAUUUCUCCUUGGAGUACGAUUUCCAAAAUACAACAUUAAUUUUAAAAGUUCUUCAAGGAAAAGAGCUUCCAGCAAAGGAUUUGAGCGGUACUUCCGACCCAUAUGUUCGUGUAACGCUAUUACCAGACAAAAAGCAUAGAUUGGAAACAAAAAUAAAACGGCGAACCCUAAAUCCACGGUGGAACGAAACAUUUUAUUUUGAGGGUUUUCCCAUUCAAAAACUUCAAUCACGUGUUUUACACUUACAUGUUUUUGAUUACGAUCGGUUCUCAAGAGAUGACUCCAUAGGGGAAGUAUUUCUUCCUUUAUGUCAGGUUGACUUUGCUGGAAAACAGAGUUUUUGGAAGGCAUUAAAGCCCCCUGCAAAGGAUAAAUGCGGAGAACUUCUCUCCUCUCUUUGCUAUCACCCGUCGAACUCAAUUUUGACUUUAACAUUAAUUAAAGCGAGAAAUUUAAAGGCAAAAGAUAUCAACGGAAAAUCUGAUCCUUACGUAAAGGUUUGGCUUCAGUUUGGAGAUAAAAGGGUAGAAAAAAGAAAAACGCCUAUAUUUACGUGUACAUUAAAUCCAGUAUUUAAUGAAUCGUUUAGUUUUAACGUACCAUGGGAAAAAAUAAGAGAAUGUUCCUUGGAUGUUAUGGUGAUGGAUUUUGAUAACAUUGGAAGGAACGAGUUAAUAGGACGAAUAUUAUUAGCUGGGAAAAACGGUUCUGGAGCAUCGGAAACUAAACAUUGGCAAGACAUGAUCUCAAAGCCCAGACAAACUGUAGUACAAUGGCAUCGCUUAAAACCUGAGUAACUUUAAUACGAAUUCCUUAAUAACAUAUAAUUAACACCAGUGACUACAUCGGAGAACACCGUACAUUAAUGGAUGUACAUACAUUAGUUUAUUUAAAGUUGCUUUUAUAGCAAUAUCAUAAUCAUACCAAAUGAAUGUAUAAAGACGAAAAUAAUUUAAAUUUGCACAAAUUAAUGUUUAUUGUUUACAAAAAUUUUACCUUUACAAAAUAGCUAUACAAAUAUAAUGAAGUAUUUGUUUUGAUAAGAGCAAUAGUUUUAUACGUACUUAUAUAUAUAUAUAUUUUGUCCAUAGAAAACAUAUAUGUAUAUAUAUGUUUUUUAGGGACAUUAAUAUUAUACAAAUAUUAUAAACAAUUGUAAAUUAGUUCAAAAAAUCCUGUUAAAAAACGGAGGUACCACAAAGAAGUACCACUUUUCGAUGGAAAAGUCUUUAAAGCUAAAAAAUACUGUUGUCCAUCACUUUAUUUUAUUAAGGCAUUAAGGACAAACCAUUCAAAAACAUGACCAAAUACAAUUUUCGAGUUCUUUCUUUCAAAUUAUUUAAAAUGUAUUUUCCUGAGUGUCAUUCUCAAUCUUGAGAAACUAAUCAAUUUCGUAAUCAUAUUUCAAUCCUAAUAAAGUUUAAAAAAAGUAAAAAUUUGUAAUAAUGGUUUAAAAAAGCGUUAAGUAAAUACUUAUGCGCGAAUACUUAUAUUAAAUAUUUAAUCAAAUGUAUUUGGUUCUUUCAUUAAAUUAAGGAAUUUACAUUCAGUUUGUUAAUAUUCUAGUUCGCUAAAAAUUGUAUUUCUUAAAAAAAAACAUUUUAAAAAUUUUAAAAAUGUUGUUUGUUUUUGAAUACGAUCCUAAAAUUUUAAACAAAUCGGGUACAGGUGUUAAAUAAUAAAUUUAAACGAUAAGAAAGUUGGAUAUGUCUAUCGAUAUAUAUUUGCAAGAUAGACAACUGUAAAAAAUUAAAAAUAAAUGAAGAGAAAAUCAUUUAAUUUUUGAAAAUGUAUAUAAUACGAUUGAAUUGUGAAAUUUGAACAUUAAAUAGUUCAACAAAAAUCAAGAAAACACAUGUUACGCUGGUUUAAAAUUAAAAAAAAAUAAUGUCAACAUUAUAAUAAAAUAUUCUUUAAUUGCAUACGGUGUCGUAUGAUAGACAUGUAGGUUAUUUGAAUAGAGAAAGAUUGCAUUAGCACAAUAAACCAGAAAAUAAACCAUUUUUAAAAGUAACUAUAAAAAAUUAGCCAACCAUUGCCGGAAGAAGCGUCAACUGCGAGAAAAAAAAUAUGAGACAGUAAGAGAGAAGAAAGAAUUAAAAAAGUAUAUACAUAAUUGAUAACUAAAACUGAGUUUAAAAAACGAAAAAUCGAAAAUACAACCCACCUUGAAAUUACAUAUUUGUUAUAUACCUGUUAAAAUAUUAUUAAAAUAAUUUAUUCUUAGCAGCAAAUAAAGCAUUAAAAAACAAUUAAUAGUAUAUUGACUUUAAGGUAGAAAUGUACUUGAAUGUACGUUUCUCCAACUUUUCCAAAACUACAAAAAUUGAUGUUGUAUUAAAUCGAAAUAUUAAAAUUUUUAGAUAACAUUAUAAGCCUUCCGAAA